AGGUUUAGAAGGCCAUUUCGAAGAAUUCUCCGAGAAAUGUCGGCCGAAAGUGCAUUCCAAUCCGGAGCUCCCUUCGCCGUCUUCCAUCGCAAGGAUCACUGCAGACAAGAACCAAAAGUGUUUCACAUUAGCUGUGGACAGUCUGUCUCAGCUCAGACCUCCAAGUCGUUCAGGAAUGACAACACCGCCUUUGAUAACCAAGGACCCUUCUGGGAAAAGGUGUGUUUUCUACUUUGAGGAAGGAAAUCUCCGUUUUGUGGAGGUGGCAGAAGAUGGUGUGAAUGCUUACCUGCCAUCAAAGGUUGAUGAAAUGGAAAAGGUAUUCCGUCGCGUAUGGAGAGAAGUGUUUGCAGUGCUGCGAAUUGUUACAUCUAUCUUUGUCCUGUUUGUGGCUGAACUGAUCCUAUUUAUAGCUCACCAUAUAGUACGCCUCUUGGUGCUGGACACCAUCACUGCUUUAGGAGACUAUGUGCUGAAGCCUCUCCUGGCCCUAAUAUUCAAUGCAGUUAUCCAGCCCAUUUUUGCAUUGCUGUGGAAUACCUUUAAUGCCCUGUAUCAGGCCAGUGACCCUCUUGUGAAACUCCUUGGCUACAUUUUGACACAGGUUGCCAUCUUGUUUAAAGCGUUCAGACUGUGCGUUGUGCAGUGGAACCCUCAAACUGGCUACAGACAAGAAAUGGAGAUUAUCUAA